CUCUCUGCCUAGUGUAAAAUACCCCCCCAUAUACACACACACAGACACACACGUCCCCCCCCCACUCUGUUGCCGAUUUGAAUAUUAAAUAAACAGCACACAGUCGCGCAAGAAUACGAGAUUUUUUUUUUGUGUGAUUUUUUUUGCACACAAGGACGGAUCCCGAUGAGAGGACUACCAUGUCCUGUCCUCUCCGGGCCUGUGAGGAAGACGAGGACACGGCGCUUCAUUGCGAGGGAGGCGGCUUCGAUGAAGACGACGACGGAGACUUUUUAGACCGGAGAAGCGACAUCAACUCGCCGGCGGCGCCUCGGCAAACUGCAUCCGCGCCAGACAAAGAGGCGGACUUAUCAGACAGGGAGAUCCCGUGCAAAAAGAAAGGACGACCGAAGAAGAAGAAGGAGGCCAAGAAGAAAGACAAAGAGGGCAAACCUGUCAAAGCUAAAAAACGCAAAAAGAUAGACAGCGAUGUAGAGAGGGACUCGGACCGAGACUUUGGUGAGAACUCUGAUAGCGUCGCCAGCGACUAUGGAUCAGGUGAGAAAAAGAAGAAGAAGAAGCAUAAAGAAAGGAAGGAGAAGAAAACCAAGAAGAAGAAAAAGGACGAUGGCGACCGAGACAGCAGUCAGGAAGAGACAACAAAGCAGCCCGUAGAGCAGAAGACCUCCGCCCAGCUGGCCAAGGAGUGGGGUCUGGAGGAUGUAGAUCAUACCUUCAGUCAGGAAGACUACAGGGAACUCACCAAUUACAAAGCCUUCAGUCAGUUCAUGAGGCCCAUGAUCGCCAAGAAGAACCCUAAGAUCCCCAUGUCCAAGAUGAUGACCAUUCUGGGGGCCAAAUGGAGGGAGUUCAGCUCCAACAACCCUUUCAAAGGCAACGCAGCUGCAGUCGCUGCAGCUGCCGCCGCCGCCGCCAUUGCUGUCGCCGAGCAGGUCUCCGCGGUGACCGCUUCGCCUGAGCCACCGCUGCCACCGCAGCCGCCACCCAUUCGGAAGGCUAAAACGAAAGAGGGCAAAGGCCCAGGUUACAAAAAGCGCAGUAAAAGUCCUCGAGUCCCGGACAAGAAAAAGGCUUUGGCUGCAGCCAAGGCUAAAAAGAUGGCACCCAUUCGAAUCAAGCUUUCGCCGAUAUGCACUAAGAGGAAGAAGAGCUGCUCUAGUGACGACAUGGACGAGGAUGAAUCCGAACAGGAAGACUCCAGCGUUCACAGCUCCUCCAUUCGAUCCGACAGCUCCGGUCGCAUGAAGAAGAAUAAGCGAGGGCGGCCAGCCAAGAAAAAGAAGAAAAUCGCAGGUGAGGAGGAGGCGGAUGGCUAUGAGACGGACCAUCAGGACUACUGUGAGGUGUGUCAGCAGGGUGGCGAGAUCAUUCUGUGCGACACGUGUCCACGAGCUUACCACCUCGUGUGCCUGGAACCCGAGCUGGACAAGGCCCCUGAGGGCAAGUGGAGCUGCCCUCACUGCGAAAAAGAAGGAAUCCAAUGGGAAGCAAAAGAUGAGGACUUUGAGGACUUUGAAGAGGACAUGGAGGAUAGAACCAUCUCAGAGGUCGGGGUCGGUGUCCCCGUCGGCGCGGAGGAGGACGACGACCACAUGGAGUUCUGUCGGGUGUGUAAAGAUGGAGGUGAACUGUUGUGCUGUGACACCUGCACAUCCUCCUACCACAUCCACUGUCUAAACCCUCCACUGCCAGAGAUCCCCAAUGGAGAGUGGUUGUGUCCGCGAUGCACGUGUCCACCGAUUAAAGGACGGGUCCAGAAGAUUCUUCACUGGAGGUGGGGUGAGCCCCCACCUCCAAUUCCCGUGCCACCUGCUCCUGAUGUCCCACCCGAUGAACCUCUGCCGCCACCCAUGAAGGGCAGAGCUGAGCGGGAAUUCUUUGUCAAGUUGGUGGCCCAGUCCUACUGGCACUGCACGUGGAUCACUGAGCUGCAGUUGGAGAUCUUCCACUCGGUGAUGUACAGAAACUACCAGAGGAAGACAGACAUGGAUGAACCCCCAAGUUUGGACUACGGCUCGGGUGGAGAGGAUGAGAACGGCAUGGGAAAGAGCGAGAAGCGGAGGGCUAAAGACCCGCAGUACGCCAUCUUGGAAGACAAGUACUACAGAUACGGCAUCAAGCCUGAGUGGAUGAUGAUCCAUCGCAUCAUCAACCACAGUCUGGACAAGAAGGGCAUUUACCACUACCUGGUUAAGUGGAGAGACCUGACCUAUGACCAGUGUACCUGGGAACGGGACGACAUGGACAUCCCUGACUUUGCCAUUUACAAGACCGCCUACUGGAGACACAGGGACUCCAUCAUGAAAGAAGACCCAGACAAACCAAGGAGGAUGAGGAGCAAGAAUCAGGAUGAUGAAGACCAGUCUCCCGCUUCACCAGUCACCGAUCCUACAAUCAAAUACGAGGAGCAGCCAGAUUUUGUGACGUCGACGGGCGGGACUCUGCACCUGUACCAAAUGGAGGGACUCAACUGGCUUCGCUUUUCCUGGGCUCAGGGCACCGACACCAUCCUGGCUGACGAGAUGGGUCUCGGCAAGACCAUUCAGACCAUUGUUUUCCUCUAUUCUCUCUUUAAAGAGGGUCACACAAAGGGUCCCUUCCUGGUCAGCGCUCCACUCUCCACCAUCAUCAACUGGGAGCGGGAGUUUGAGAUGUGGGCACCCGACUUCUACGUGGUGACGUACACUGGUGACAAGGACAGCCGAGCCAUCAUCAGAGAGAACGAGUUCUCCUUCGAUGACUUGGCUGUCAAAGGAGGCAAGAAGUCCUUCAAGAUGAGGAGAGAGACUCCUAUUAAGUUCCACGUGCUGCUGACCUCCUACGAGCUGGUGACCAUCGACCAGACGGCGCUGAAGUCCAUCGACUGGGCGUGUCUGGUGGUGGACGAGGCUCACCGCCUUAAAAACAACCAAUCCAAGUUUUUCAGGCGCCUGAAUGACUACAAGAUUGACCACAAGCUGCUGCUGACAGGAACGCCGCUGCAGAACAAUCUGGAGGAGCUUUUUCACCUGCUCAACUUCCUCACGCCCAACCGCUUCAACAACCUCGACGGCUUCCUGGAGGAGUUUGCGGACAUCUCCAAGGAAGAUCAAAUCAAGAAACUCCAUGAUCUGCUGGGUCCUCACAUGCUGCGGAGGUUGAAAGCCGACGUCUUCAAGAACAUGCCCGCCAAGACUGAGUUGAUUGUGCGAGUGGAGCUGAGCCCUAUGCAGAAAAAAUACUACAAGCUCAUUCUCACCAAGAACUUUGAAGCUCUGAACUCAAAAGGCGGAGGAAAUCAGGUCUCCCUGCUCAAUAUCAUGAUGGAUUUGAAGAAGUGCUGCAACCACCCCUACCUCUUCCCUGUCGCCUCCAUGGAAGCCCAGAAAACACCCAAUGGUGCAUAUGAGGGUUCUGCCCUCACAAAGGCUUCAGGGAAACUGACGCUGUUGCAGAAGAUGCUGAGGAAACUAAAGGAGCAGGGACACAGAGUUCUGGUCUUCUCACAGAUGACUAAAAUGCUGGACUUACUCGAAGACUUCCUGGAUUACGAGGGUUAUAAGUAUGAAAGGAUCGACGGAGGCAUCACAGGAGCACUGAGGCAGGAGGCCAUCGACCGAUUCAAUGCUCCAGGUGCUUGUCAGUUUUGUUUCCUGCUCUCCACCAGAGCUGGAGGUUUGGGAAUCAACUUGGCAACAGCAGACACCGUAGUCAUAUUCGACUCAGACUGGAACCCUCACAACGACAUACAGGCCUUCAGUCGAGCUCACCGCAUCGGGCAGGCCAACAAGGUGAUGAUCUACCGCUUUGUGACACGAGCCAGCGUAGAGGAACGCAUCACACAGGUGGCCAAGAGGAAGAUGAUGCUGACUCACCUGGUGGUCCGGCCAGGCCUGGGAUCCAAAGCUGGCUCCAUGACCAAGCAGGAACUGGAUGACAUCCUCAAGUUCGGAACAGAGGAGCUAUUCAAAGACGAAGGAGAAGGUAUGAAGAAUUCCUCGGGGGACAAAGGAGAGGACGAGGGCAAUGUGAUCCACUACGACAGCACCGCCAUCGAGAGGCUGCUCGACCGAAGCCAGGACGCCACAGACGACACGGAUGUGCAGAACAUGAACGAGUACCUCAGCUCCUUCAAAGUGGCCCAGUACAUGGUCCGAGAGGAGGACAAGAUUGAAGAGAUCGAGCGGGAGAUCAUCAAGCAGGAGGAGAACGUGGAUCCCGACUACUGGGAGAAAUUGUUGCGGCAUCACUACGAGCAGCAGCAAGAGGACCUGGCGAGCAAACUGGGAAAAGGCAAACGGAACCGCAAGCCUGUCAACUACAACGAUGCCGCGCAGGAAGAUCAAGAGUGGCACGCGGACAUUUCAGACAACCAGUCGGAAUACUCUGUGGGCUCCGAAGAGGAGGAUGAGGACUUUGACGACCGGCCAGAAGGUCGCAGACAAUCACGUCGCCAGCUGAGAAAUGAGAAGGACAAACCUCUUCCUCCUCUUCUGGCCAGAGUGGGAGGCAACCUUGAGGUUCUUGGCUUCAAUACACGCCAGAGGAAGGCUUUCCUGAAUGCGGUGAUGCGUUGGGGGAUGCCAUCUCAGGAUGCUUUCUCCUCUCAGUGGCUGGUUCGAGACCUCAGAGGCAAGACUGAGAAGGAAUUUAAAGCGUACGUGUCUCUCUUUAUGCGCCACUUGUGCGAGCCUGUGGCCGACGGGGCUGAGACGUUCGCCGAUGGUGUCCCGAGGGAGGGUUUGUGUCGCCAGCCGGUGCUGACUCGCAUUGGCGUCAUGUCGCUCGUUAAGAAGAAGAUUCAGGAGUUCGAGCACAUCAACGGGCGGUGGAGUCUUCCAGAACUCAAGCCUGAGGUCAGCGUGGACAAAUCAUCCUCCUCCAGGGCGUCAUCUCCGACCGUAAAGACGACAACACCGACCCCGACCGACGCCAGUUCCAACAACACACCUUGCACCUCCAAACCAGCAACACCUGCUCCGACAGACAAGCCUGAAAAGAACGGGAAGGAGGCAGAAAAGGAGGAGAAGGAAGAUGGCGAGGCCCAGACGGAUAGAGACGGAGUUAAAGAGAAAGAUGAGGGCAAAGAUGAGGAUGCAAACAAGUCUGAAGAGGGCGAAGAGCUUUCCUCGUCACAGACUGCAUCACCUGAUCCAAAAAGAGAGGCCAACGAGGAGGCAAACUCGAAUGAAGAGGAGAAGAAAGAAACAAGUGGCAGCCCGACAGAUGAGCGGAGUACGCAAGAGAAGAACGCAGCCGAGUCCAAACAAACCAUCAAACCAGAAGAGCGCUCCAAAGACGGAAAAGCAGACGGAGAGAAAGCCGACGAGAAGCGGGAAAAAGACACGGAAAAGCCCGACAGAACGCUGUCGCAAGGAGCUGAUGUUACUGACGCCAAGAAAGAAGAUGUGAAAAGUGACAAGGAUGCUGGGAAAGAAAUCAAAGAAGCAAAAGUGGACGUCGCCCAGGGUAACGGGAAGACGCCCGCUGAGCGACCUCGCUUCAUGUUUAACAUCGCUGACGGCGGCUUCACUGAGCUGCAUACUCUCUGGCAGAACGAGGAGCGCGCCGCCAUCUCCUCAGGAAAGAUGAGCGAGAUCUGGCAUCGCCGACAUGAUUUCUGGCUCCUAGCGGGAAUCGUCAUCCAUGGCUACGCUCGGUGGCAGGACAUCCAGAAUGAUCCACAGUUUGCCAUCGUCAACGAGCCGUUCAAGUCGCAGGCCAACAAAGGCAACUUCCUGGAGAUGAAGAACAAGUUCCUGGCUCGACGCUUCAAGCUGCUGGAGCAGGCACUCGUCAUCGAGGAGCAGCUGCGCCGGGCGGCCUACCUAAACAUGACGCAGGACCCCAGCCACCCGGCCAUGGCGCUCAACGCUCGCUUUGCUGAGGUAGAGUGUCUGGCCGAGUCGCACCAGCACCUCAGCAAGGAGUCCCUGGCAGGCAAUAAACCAGCCAAUGCUGUUCUACACAAAGUGCUUAACCAGCUGGAGGAGCUGCUGAGCGACAUGAAAGCCGAUGUGACCCGACUACCGGCCACGCUAGCCAGAGUCCCACCCAUUGCCGCUCGUCUGCAAAUGUCCGAGAGGAGCAUCCUCAGCCGGCUGGCCAGCAAGGGCAUGGAGACGCACACCCCCCAGCCCAUCCCUCCCGGACCUUACGCCACCCCUCAGAACUACGGCGCCCCCUUCACUCCGGCCCACCUGUUGGGAGGGGCCAACUACAGUCACAUGCCGCCGGGAUCCUUCAUAUCAGUGCUCAACGGGCCCCCCAUGUCUGUAAAGAAAGAGCGGGAAGGAGGUGAGCUGCGACGGGAGCAACGCAGCGGCGAGGUCAUCUGUAUUGAUGACUAGGUUAAACACACACACACACACAUGAACACAUACAGUGUUAAGAAUAACAGAUGACAGUGACUUACUGACCUGCUUGUGAUUGUAGUCGCCACACACACACACACACACACCUCCAGACACACUCCCGCAGACUUACUGUCCACGCACGCACACACGCACACGCAAUUCUCUUCCUGUGCUUGUCUGCCUCAAACCAUGAUACUCCUCAAUGAGCUUCUGACCUCUCUACACAAUCUUUGACCCCACCUUCUGCUUGCAUGUCCAAUGAAAUUCACCCCCCCUUAUGUCCCAGCAUGCCUCCAUCAUCAACAAUACUUCCUUCCCAGCGCUUUUCCCCAAACACUCACAUAAAGUGCACCUCGCUAACUGAUCACGUGACGGCAUGGAGUAUUUGCCGCCAUCCAAUUUUCUUGUUUGGUUUUUUUUUCCAACAAAGUUUUGUAAUAUUUUUGUUUGCGUACUUUUGUUCUUUCGUGUGAAGAGCUUCUACCAAAUUAUUAUUAUUUUUAUGUUCUAAUGAGGAAUCAAUGAACGCAUUGUCGUUAGUUCACUUAAGAGAAAACGAAGAAGUUUGAUAUUUAACUUCAGAAGUAGAAUUCUCCUACCUACACACACACACACACAUAUUACUAUAAAUAUAUAUAUAUAUAUAUAUAUAUAUAUAUAAGUGAUAGGAGGUAUGUAACACUAAAUAUCAACUUUUAGCAACAGGAAUGGUUCUAUAAAAUGACUUUUAUACGCUGCAUCAUUCAAAAGAAGAAUAAAAAGACGCCUUAAUUAAUAAAGUCAACAAAAUUUAUAAACUUCAUUCACAAGCUGAUGUCAACCUUUCAAUUUGACUCAUUUUAUGUUGAAAAUAGAAAAAAAAAGGCCAGAAAAUCAUUUCCGUACAAAUAUUUGCAACACAACCCCCCACACUUCCACCCCCCCCCCCAAAAAAAAAGCACUUAUCCACUUUUGCUUUCUUAUUUUGUUGUUGUUUUUUAAAAAAAAAUGUCCACAUGUUGGUCGCCAAUGAAAGUAUUUACAUUUUCUUUGUUUGUUUGUAAUAAAACCCAAUGAAAUGAAACUCGUUCAAAUGUCGACAAAGGGAAUGAUCGUAAAGUUCAUUUAAAAAAAAAAAAAUUUAACUAUCCAUGAUAAAAACAAAUUGUGGGACACAAUUAGACAUAUGACUGUUUGGUGUUGCGUUUUGUGGCGUUCCCCAAAUCAGGAAAACGUAGUUGUGGUGACCAUGAAGGAGUAAUCUAUUUCAGGUUACGACUGUUAGUGGAACUUUGGCUACAGGAAGCGCAAUGUGUUUUUUUGUUCUGGUUGUGGAAAACUGGACCAGCACUACACCGUUGCAAUGGUACUUUGAGUUGAGAUGAGACUCCAACCACCUCCAAAUCUGAGGCCGUGGUUCUUUGGAGUAAAUCUUUGGUGUCUUGGGAGGGAAGGCUGGAUCUGGACUAAUGCCGUCGUUGUACUGGUUCAGGUUUCUACCCUCACCGAUGAUCAUAAGUUUUGUUUUUUGGGUGACUGAAAGAACAAGAUCUUGGAUCCAACCAGUUCCCUUCGCAGGGUGGCUGAACGGAUCUUGUUAAUCCUGGAGCGAUCCAUCAGUUAAGUAGGCUCUGGCAUCCGGUCCGGAAGCCUUUCAGACACCUCCUUGGUGAGGUAUUGUGUGGGGACACAACCUAGACCUCGGAUAGGUUGGAGGGAUUAUACAGAGAUCGGAAAGUCUAGGGUUCCCACCUGAGACGACUUGACCCUGGAUAAAUGGAAGAAAAUUGAUGGAUGGGUGAUGGAUAAUGAAGUCGUUUAUAUAGGAACAGGAAUGUGAUCUGAAGUGGAAAACUUAAGUGGUUACAUAAAAAUCAGUCUUCAGGAUUCCUGGUGGAACUUUCUGGAGUUGACAUCAGGCCCCUUUAAAACUCCACACAAAAUAAAUGGACUCUUCCGUCCAGCUUUUCAUUGACAUUUCUGGCCCGUUCGUUCUCGUCUUCGUGCUUCAAAAGUUCACCGAGGCGUCCAUGAUAUUUUUGAUUUGAUGCUCUUCAGGGGCAAUAAAAGGAAAAUUGAGGAAAAGAAACAAGCACUUGUCGAGCCUUUAAAAAGACAAAUGGAAUAAAUACAAAAAAAACAUUUCCGUUUAUGCUUUUUCCUUCACAUUCUUCAGUAUUUUGCUUUGUGAAGCCAUAGUACAUAGUACAUAGUACAUAGUAAUACCUUCAAUAUUACACUAAUUUGCUUUGUCGCCUAAAACACAAAUCCAAAAUGAGGAUGUUUUGUUCAUAUCGCUAACAUAUAUUUCCUUACAUUGGAUUGUUUUUGUGGCACGGUGGUCGAGUGGUUAGCGCGCAGACCUCACAGCUAGGAGACCAGGGUUCAAUUCUACCCUCUGUGUGGAGUUUAUAUGUUCUCCCUGUGCAUGCGUGGGUUUUCUCCCUCCCACAUUCCAAAAACAUGCUAGGUUAAUCGGCGACUCCAAAUUGUCCAUAGGUAUGAAUGUGAGUGUGAAUGGUUGUUUGUCUAUAUGUGCCCUGUGAUUGGCAAGACAGCUGGGAUAGGCUCCAGCACCACCUGUAACUCUCGUGAGGAAAAAGCGGUAGAAAAUGAAUGAAUGAAUUUUUUAGAAAAAACCCUACAGGGCGGCACGGCGGUCGAGUAAUUAGCGCGCAGACCUCAUAGCCAGGAGACCAGGGUUCAAUUCCAUCCUCGUUCAUCUCUGUGUGGAGUUUGCAUGUUCUCCCUGUGCAUGCGUGGGUUUUCUCCGGGUACUCCGGUUUCCUCCCACAUUCCAAAAAAACAUGCUAGGUUAAUUGGUGACUCCAAAUUGUCCAUAGGUAUGAAUGUGAGUGUGAAUGGUUGUUUGUCUAUAUGUGCCCUGUGAUUGGCUGGCGACCAGUCCAGGGUGUACCCCGCCUCUUGCCCAAAGACAGCUGGGAUAGGCUCCAGCACCCCUGUGACCCUCGUGAGGAAAAGCGGUAGAAAAUGAAUGAAUGAAUGGAUUGGUUUUGUGGCACGGCGGUCGAAUGGUUAGCGCGCAGACCUCACAUCUAGGAGACCAGGGUUCAAUUCCACCCUAUGUGUGGAGUUUGCAUGUUCUCCCCGUGCAUACGUGGGUUUUCUCCGGGUACUCCGGUUUCCUCCCACAUUCCAAAAAAACAUGCUAGGUUAAUCGGCGACUCCAAAUUGUCCAUAGGUAUGAAUGUGAGUGUGAAUGGUUGUUUGUCUAUAUGUGCCCUGUGAUUGGCUGGCGACCAGUCCAGGGUGUACCCCUGCACCAGCACCCCCCGCGACCCUCUUGAGGAAAAGCGGUAGAAAAUGAAUGAAUUUUAGCAUCUUUAAAGCACAAAAGGUACCCAACCAGUCUUUCAAAAAAAAACAAAAUGUUUAUUUGGCAUCAAAAACAGUUUCAAAAAGUGUGUUGUAUAAACUUUGACAUUUAUAAAAAUAGGAAUUAGAGCCAGGAAGUGUGUGUGUGUGUCAAUGUUUUGUGUACUUCAGCUUGAGGAAGCGAAAAUGCUGCUUUAGUGUGUGUCUAUCUGUGUGUGUGUGUGUGUGUUGUCCAAUCAGUGCUGAUGGGGGAAAUAUGCAUUCUGUGUGUCCGAUGAGGAAAUCAAAGUGUGUUCCAUUGGACGCUGGUUCAUAAAAGCACUCGGUCUGCUGCAGUUAAAGUGCUGAGGGCCACAAACCACAAAAACUACUUAUAAACAAGAGUGGGAGUACACAAAACCACAGCUCGAAAUAACAGCGUUUGUUUUGUGCAAGAAGAGAGACACGAUAUUACACGAGAUGUGCCACUUUCAUUAGAUGCUUGCAUUGUGUAGACGUCUGUUUUUGUCGAUUAGCGUUGCCAGCUUUUGACAUUGGGAAAGUGCAGAAUGCUGAGUCAUUGUUUAGCAUCAAGCAUACGAGGCUGCUGUGUCGCUACAGGCUUAAUGUUGGCAGAAGGCGCUGGAAUGUUGCGAGCCUUUUUUGGUCAUUUUCUACAUGCAAGCGUUGCCAUGUGAUUCGAUUCCCAAAAUUCUAUAUUUUUAUUGACUUUUUCCAUUUUAUUGUGGCCCGUUGUGCUGCAUUGCAUAACACAUCCCUAGUGUGGCUAAAUGAUGCUAAAUAGAGUGAUUAGGUAAAAGUGGUAUUGGUCGUCGGUCAUUGUUGCUUCUUCACGCUGUGAUGGAUAAAAUACGACAAAAGGUAACAAAUAGAAAGAGAUGUGGUGUUAAAAAAAAAUGUUCUUGUCAUGUAUGAAGGUACAAGCACAGCUUGUCUGUUGGCUGCAUGAAGAAGAAGAAGAACGAUUUAUGACAGGAUACGGCGAAGAUAGAAAUCCCCAGGAAGAGCAGCUUCCAUCCCAUCUGUUCCCUCGGCCGGAGCGCUCGCUUGCAGUCCCAGCGUCUGUGCGCGGCCUUUCCAAAACACGAGCGCGUUCCAGAGUCCACAACAACUUCCACAAAUGUCAGGUUUGUCUUUCAAAUGAGCGUCUUCGGGAAGAGGCGGCGGGAGGAUGCCAUGCCACAACCACCACGCCACCGGGAAUUCUCCUCUGUGGAAAAGCAAACGAACGUCGCCCGCAAGCUAGCGUCCGUCUCGUCUCAGUUGACUUUGAAGAUGCUGAAGACGUGAGGAGAAGCUGACGGGUUGCCCACCGUGUGCAGUCGGAAGGACGGACCUGUCAUGGCGUGGAGCUCCGUGCCUUUGUCCAAACGCAGGAGGCCUGAUACCUGGCACGGCUUCAGGAAAUGGGAGGGGUGCGGUCCGGCCGAGGGGGUGGUGCCGUAACCUUCCAUGCAUUGCAACUUCUGAGGUCUCCCACCGCUGGUCACCACGUCCAGCUUGACGUACUGAGACUCCUGCUCAUUGAACAGAACCUGACCACAACAGAACACAAGGUCUUAAACUUCAGACUGGAAUCAUAUCCCAAAAACAAUUUUGGCAAUUCUGGCGGAAUGAUCUUCACAUUGAAGGACGGUAUGGAUCAUCAUGUCAUACCUGACAGAACAGGAAGUAGACUCCUGCUUUCUCCACAGUGAACGUGCCCUCCUCCUUGUUGUACCUCACUGCUUUGCUCAUAUUCAGCACUCUUUCCUCCCAGCCUUUUAUCACGCCUCCUUCGCCCACUGACGCCACAAAAACAAAGCCGCUCUGAAGGCAUCACGCAUCUCAUAGCAUCUCGAGGUGCAACAUCUUACCUUGCUGAGAGGAGACUUUAGUGACUGUCAAGGAAGCAAAGGAGAAGUCAAUUUGAAAAGCUUUUCUGCAGACGCUAACGUGACACAUCUGCCAGGACACUUACUCUCGAAAUGAGACGCCGCUUUCUUCCCGUUUCCAUUCUUCCCGCGCAGCGUCCCCCCUUCAGGCAAGGCGGGCAGUGAGACAGAAGUUUGAGAAAGAAAGAAAGAAAGAAAACACGCCUGUGGUCCACAUCUGUAUCUGUCUAAUAACACUGCACUCAUUUGCUGCCCUUAACACACGCAGCAGACUUCCUUUCACGUGUGUGCGUGUAUAUAUUAAUCUCCGUGCCAGCUGCUCGCCGUUUCAAAAGGAUGGAGUAAAGCAGACAAAAGCAUCUAAAUGUAAACCGAAGACCAGACAAGAGAGAUGAGGUGGCAGACAGCGGCUCUUAUUGUCCAAGUCCAAGGCUUUUAUGGACACCGAGGAUGUAAAAAAUGUCGCUGACUCGGCACCUCUUUCAACUCACGGCAACAUUAGCGCUAGAAAAUAGAGUUAAGUUGGUUCUUCCUGUUACUAAAAUGCGCACGCUUAAGUUGACAUCGACAUACAUGUUGACCGCUUUUGUCAACAAUGAAUUUUGAACCUGUGUAAUAAUUAUCCCAUUUAUGUUUUGAAUCGAUUUCAUAGCUUUAUAGAUUAUUUUAUUGUCGUUGAAAUAUGUUCAAACUGAGAAAAUUGUCAAUUAUCUACCAUUCUCCUCAUGUCUUUGGCCAAAGUCAUAAGUAAACAUGCAAGCUAUGGCUACUAAUGAUUUUGGAUAUGUCCAUAAUUAUUAAUGUCGAUGUCAGUCAGCCAGUCCGAAGGGUGUCGAAACAAACAGGUUCCAUCGUACAUGGAAAUGGAAAUAUUAGUUUAGCAUCUCCAAUGUGUGGCUAGCCGCGGGGAGACGCUAUUUCUACUAGAACACAAGUAUUAUGACAUGGCAUAAUUUUAAUGUUUUGUAAUAAUAUUUUUUUUUUGUGUCAGAAGAAACGUGCAACCUUUUUUAGAAAUACCUUGUUUAAUAAUAGAACAUGCGUAAUUAAGUAAUUAGUGAUAGUUAGAAUGGAAACCAUUCAUGUUGCUGUUUUUGGACUCUGAGUAAAUGAACGAUAAAGUUAUACAAUUUGAAUUAUUUAGUAUGAAUGUGUUUUUUUUUUAUGUGGACAGAGAUUUUUUUUAAAUACCACACUGGUGGAACUGGAAUCUCUGUGUUCAUGUCGCCUUAAAUUCUGCAGGCUAAAUGUAGCAAGUUAGCAGGUAGCAUCAAUGUGGCUUGUUUGUGUUUAGCAUGGUGGCUUCAAUCCAGUUAUUCAGCUUGAAGUCACAAACUGUGAAUUUUGAGUUAAGUGGAAUUAAAAAUUAAGAUUAUUCCUCAAAUGUAUUUUUAGAGGUUCAGCGUUCGAUUCCCUAUAUAGUAAAUAUUUUUUUAGAUGGUAACCUCCAAAAAAAGUGGUUUGAUGAUUCAUGCAGAUAUGAAUCCAGCAGAGGGCGCUUUCUCACAAAUCAAUUCACUCAACAUUUUCCAGCAGGAAGAUAUUUUAACAAGGCGUGAUGUUAUGUUGCUGCAAUACUAUAUAAUAUAUGACAGUUAUUGUUUUUUUAAUAUUUAUUUAUUUAUAUGCAACCCCUCCAAAUGGCGUAUAGAGCUCCAGUAUUCCAGCAGAGACAGCUAAGGCGUAUAAAUGACGGUUUUACUCUGGGACAGAAGUGAAUAAUCUAUAAAUACGGCAAUGAUAGGUCAUCAAAUAUGUCUGCUUUUCACAACAAAUCAUAGCUGCAUGCAACAAAAAAAAAAGUCAACAAGAUGGCCCCAAAGCGUGCAACAAGACCUCCUUCCUGAGCCAGAUGGCUUUCUGGGCUCUGGUCAGACGUGUAAUUUCUACCACAGCCAUGCAGCUGCCUACUUCUUCCUGUGGCAACUUUUAGCUGCGGCAUGUGUGUGUGUGUGUGUGUGUGUGUGUGUGUUACCGUCUCGCUUGACUCUUUGUCCAACCAGCAGCUCUCUCUUCUCCAUAAUGAGCUGCACAAUGGCCUUCCUCUGCCUGUUGACCUGUUCAGACACACGUUUGUUUUAUUCUUUUUGCAAGCCAGCGUCUUUCUAGCCAAGAAAGCCAUUUUAGUUGCUUGACAGGGGGGCGCGAGGGGGGUGUGUGUGUGUGUGUGCGUGCUUGUGUGUGUGUGUGAUUAAAUGGAGCGCUACUGUGGAGAAAGAAUAGAGCUGAGGCUCUCUUGGCUUUCCAGACACUCACUGGCUGCCUCUCAUCAGGAGUUGGCGCUCCGGUGGACACAGCGGGAAAUGUUCCAGCAGCAACACUCCACGUGUCCAAGUCUGUGUGUGUGUGUGUGUGUGUGUGUGUGUGUGUGUGUGUCGCCUACAACAUGAUGCACUCUUUACCGCCACUUCUGUUCUACCUACAAAUCCUCAGGAAUGAGGAAAUGCCAAUGAAAAGUGUUUGCGCAUCACAACAUAUCAUAGCAACCUCUUGAUAUUACGCAAUAUUAGAGGUGAGGACGUCUGCAUUGAUUAUUAUUUGCAUCAGCGUCUUACACCUAGGCAUGUACGGCCCGAUAUCGGCAUAAAAAUGUGAUAUUGGUCAUAAAAAACGAUAUAAAAAAUGCUUUAUACAACACAUAUGUCAUGAUAUAUCGGUAUCGACUGAUAUCGGAAAAUAUCAGCGUAAAAAAAAAUCGGACAUCUCUAUUUAUAACUGUUACUGCCUUAAGUGGUUAACACAAUAAAGUCCUAAAUUCCAACAAUAGCGCUAGAGUUAUGCUAAACAAAGAUCGUCUAUGUGACGGGAGUGUUCUGCUCUUUAAGCAGUUAUGAAUAUGUGAGGCAUUGUGAUAUUCAGCCACUGGUUAAAGGACCUAAGUGUCCAUCCCUGCACACUCAACAUUUUGACCAUUUGAGUGCAACAUCCGGGUACUGCCAGUGCACUUAUGCACGAGAAAAAAAUCUAUAUGUAUAAAUGUGUGCGAUUUGCAACACAGUCUUUGUAUUUUACGUUAUCAAUUGAUUACUUUGGGCUGCAAAAAAAAAAAAAAAAAGUUUGCACAACAUCAGUGACGUCACUGGCUGUCACGUCUCGCCGCGCAUGCACGAGUGGAGGCUUUCCGGUAAAAGAUAUUAAAAAAAAAGAAGAAAAAAAACAAGCAGCACCAAAAUAAUGAGACAUGGCGGCCCACACUUGUUGACAGGUUGAAAUGCGGAUUUUAAAAAGCACACAUUCCCGUAACACACACAUCACCAACGACUUGCACGACAAUUCACUUAGUUACAAAGUCUUGCUCCAAACCUGCUCCAGGCGGUCCUGGAGGAUGUGGAAUGACUGGGACAGGUCCCGAGUCUGGCGCCAGGUCCACGCCGUGAAGAGCGCGCUGCAGGCGGCUACGGAAAGAGCCAGCAGGGCCAGAGAAGCCCACAGAGCCCGCAGCCUGCGCCUCCUGUGCACGACGCGAUGCAUGCUCACGGUGCGCCGAUCACCCCCAGGCGAGUCCUCGGAUCCAUUCCAGCUCGUUAAUGAAGAGCGGUACUCGCUAAUUGGGGGGGCAUCCUGCUGAGGUCCUGCAGCAACUGUUGCAUCCUUUUAGUCUGUUGCGGUCCUCGUCCUGCUUUGGGGGCUGCGCGCACGAGCACCGACCGGGGGGGGCUCCCAAGCUGAGUUCUGAUGCUGAGAGCCUCGUCCUCCCCUCUUGUGUCUCUGCACUUUUUUUUUUCUUCUUCUUCCCCCAAUCAACUUCAAAAAAGUGGAAGAAGAAAAAAAUGUAGCGUCGACGACUUGGACAGUUCCUAAAGUGUCCACAUGAGGGCAGCAGCGUGUAAGGUAAGACUGCUCACUCUUGACCUUUGAAUGACACCGAAGUGUUCCUGAAAACGUUCUUAUGCUUAUGGAAUAGAAAGACAAAGGGCCUAAUGUGACGAAAACAUUUUUUAAUAUUUAAUAGCACUUUGUAUUGUCACCUGUAACACUGUUUUUAAACUAGCAUGACAUGUACGUAUGUUUAAUGUGUAGUGCAGUUAGCAUUAGCGCUACAUGUUUGCUAGUUGGGUUGUCCAGCAGAAACCCUAGUAGUAGUAGUAGUAGUAAUAGUAGUAGUAGUAGUAGUAGUAGUAGUAGUAGUAGUGUGUGUGUAAAGACAAAAAGC